UCACAACAACAGUAACAACAACAACACAGAGUGAGCGAGUCAGUAGAUCGACAGACUUGGAACGAGACACAGUCAAGCAUUUCAUUCCUGACGCAUCUGGAUCGUUUGGGAUUUUGGUCAGGUUAUCAACACGAAAGUGUGUGCAUUCACAGUGAGUUCUCCCGAGUUUAAGAAUACAAUCCGUUAUCAAGCCUGAAGUUCGGGAAACAUGCAUAUCAUUGCGUAAUUACGGUCUGUUCAGGUAAAUCGACCACGACAACGUUCAAGUGAAGCAGCAGCUCUUCUUCUCGCCAUGGGUUGAGAUCCUCUCCAUGCUCAAGCUUUUGGACGCCAUGAUUUCGCUCUUGAUUGCUCUCAGCUUAACGGGUUGGGUGCAAGCUCAUGUCACCCAAGGUGGAGACCUCACGGAUCAAUCUGUGCCCAAUUCGUUGAAUGCGUCCAUUACAUUCUUCACCUCCCACGCCGAGAUCUUGGAGGGUUCCAAGUUCCAGUUCAAGUGUCAGAUCCAAAUGCUGGAACUCGACGCUCCCAUUCACGCAGUGGAGCUCAUUUUUGUGCCUGCCAGUGAAGAUAAAGUUCGCCGUUUGGCAGUGGACGAUCGAUUGGACCAGGGCCUAUCGUCUGCGAUGAGGAAGCGAAUGCGAAUGGUAACUCGACGCAGAUGGGACGCGAUUGAAGAUGUGAAUAUUGAAGAGCAUUACUUAACCAUUGACCCACUGAUCCUGGAGGAUCAAGGGAUGUAUGUUUGUCAGGUGGAGGCCUAUCCUGUGCCUGUUGUAACAUGGUACCGGGUGACCUCAAAGAUCAUACCUCCCAAUGAGGAGGACAUCAAACUUCACCGUCUUCGCAUCGGUGACGAGUAUUCAUUCAGUAUAAGCGGAUACCAAGACGGUCAAAUGUUGAGUUCGCUUCGUAUCCACCAGGUGGAGUCCGACCACUUUGGACGAUAUCGGUGCUCUGCCAAGAACAAGGAGGGGCAAGACUCGAUGGAAUUUGAGCUGACCGAGUCUGCCGAGCCCGUGGAUUUCUUAAAAUUGGACAUUUCACAUGAACCCGACACGAAAGAAGCGGGGAAGGAUAACAAUUUACCAAUAUCCGCCCGCAAUGGCUUUGAGAUUUAUGGAAAGAAAAUGUUUAAUGCUGCACAAACUCCUGGAAACACAUGGACAAACAUGGGCAUGCUGAUGACUGCCCUCAAUUCAAUAGCCUACUUACUGGUUCAUCACGCAUCUUUGUAACAUUUGGCAUUUCUUACUGCAACUGGCUUUCACCUAGCUAGAUUAUUUAAUUCGUCUUUACCACGAAAUAUACAACAAAAUCAAUGGA